UUUUCAAUAUGGCGGCGUCGACAUAACCUGUGCUGAGAAGCGUGGAAGUCGGUGCUGGUUAGUUGUGCUGCUUCUGGGAAGGAAAUAUUCUGGGUUGGAGGAUGAGUUAAAGAGACUAGGAGGAGAAUUGUGGAAAAGCUGGAUCUGAAGUGUUGUAUAUUUUCAUUCCUUUUUCCGGUGGUGCUGCAAGCUUCCCAGUUCUGAUCAGACGCAGAAACCUACAGCCAGCAUUGAGGAGUAAGAGCAUAAUUAUGGUGGUGUGCAAACAGCCAAUCGAGAAUUCUCAGUUAAGUGUCAUAUAGUUUUGGAAAAUAUGAUCAAGACCCACUACUUUAAUGCUUACCUUUUUUGUGUUAAAGCCCAGCGAAUUUCCUAUAGUUUGGAUAAAGUGUUUCCUGAAGGUGGUUAUUUAAUGAACAACUUGAAUAACUAGCCUCCCUAACUCAGCUGCCCCUCCUGCAUGUUGGAAGAUGCAUUUGGCAUCUCAUCCAUUUUUUCCUCAUUUGAUUGGUGAGCUGGUGGGCCUCCCAGUAGUCCUGCGCAAGUAAGGUACCAAUUGUCCUUAGGCAGCCGAGACAGGACUGUGAGCCAGCACUGCUCUAGAAGCCACAGAAUUAGCCUUAUACCAGCAGUACAUCACAGCAUUUUAACUUAGGGGCAUAGGAAGCUGCCUUAUAUUGAGUCAGAGCCUUAGUUCAUCUAGUACAGGCAUCCCCAAACUGCGGCCCUCCAGAUGUUUUGGCCUACAACUCCCAUGAUCCCUAGCUAACAGGACCAGUGGUCGGGGAAGAUGGGAAUUGUAGUCCAAAACAUCUGGAGGGCCGAAGUUUGGGGAUGCCUGAUCUAGUACAUAGUUGUCUAUACUAACUGGCGGUGGCUCUCCAGGAUUUCAGGCAGCGUCCUCACCCAGCAGUACCUGGAGAUGCUGGGGAUUGAAUUUGGGACCUUUUGUAUGCAAAACAUGUGCUUUACCACUGAGCUAUGGCUGUCCACUUGCAGAUUAGAGUAUAAGUGAGAGGAAGAAGGAGAAGCCAAGCUUGGGAAGCAGUUUGCAUGCUUUUUCCUGCUACCUCUGCAUGUCUUAUUUCCUCCUGCCGGCUGGAUUGCCAGUGUAACUAGCUGGCUGGCUCAGAGAAUUCACCAGGAGAGCAUGGGGGCAGGUGGAGGUCAAAUGGAGAGACCCAUCCGUCCUUCACCAGCCCACUCACCUACAUGGAAUUCUCUGCAUAGAAUUCCUAAGUGCCUAUUGUUAUCAGGUAAGUUGUUAAAUUCAAGGCUGAUUUUUAAAAUCUGAUAUUUCCUUAUCCUUUUUUAAAAGCACUUAAAGGCAGGUGAGGGCUUUCCUUCCUUUUUAACUAACCACCGCUUGCUACCCAUAUCUUUGGAAGCGGGCAGCUAUCAUAACAUAUGUAAGCUGUCAGUCAUAUACAGAACAGCAGUGAUGUUGAUUGGAAAAUAAUGCAAUAGAAAUAGCUUUUCUUAUACUUUCAGAAAAUACUCAGGAAGAAGCCUGUACUAAUGAAAAGCAAGUGUCUCCUGUGGAUUUGGACUCUGGGAGGCACCUUACCUCCUUACAGAAGGGCAGGAACUCUACAGCUUCAAAAGGCCUGGAAUAUUUCACCUUUAAUUGCUCUCCAAGUCAGAAAUAUUUUUGUGAAAGCCAUGGAUGGUGAUCAGGCACAAUGUAUGGAAACAGCUGACUCAAAUCUGGAGCAAAAUGUGGCUCAGUCCCCUAUAGUGAGCACAACUGGUGGCAGUGAGGCAGUAAAGAAUGGAGGAACCCUGGUCACUGAAGGGAAGGGGAAAAUAUUUUUUCCAAGUGCCAAUGAAGUGUUCUACAACCCUGUUCAGGAGUUUAACAGAGACCUUACAUGUGCAGUCCUUACGGAAUUUGUACGGCUGCAGCUUUCAUCAAAAGGGAUUUCAAUUGCAGUUCCUGGAGAGGAGAAUGUCUCAAAGGUGAUUGUGGAUCUCUCGAAAGGGGAAAAAGAGGAUGACCUGGAGCAGACAUCUGGUGGUGAUGACCAGCAAGAUAAUGAGGAGCAUAAAGCUGUGAAAGUGGGAGAAGUAUGCCAGGAGGGAGUCCGAGUGCUGGAGGCCUUGGCUGCUUCUGGAUUGCGCUCCAUCCGGUUUGCAAAGGAGGUUCCUGGCCUUCAGAGAGUGGUGGCUAAUGACUUAUCUGCCAAGGCUGUUGAGCUCAUAACCAAAAACAUCCAGCUCAAUGAUGUCGGACACCUGGUGACUCCAAGCUUGUCAGAUGCCCGGAUGCUGAUGUACCAGAGCAAGGCAGAAAGAGACCUCUUUGAUGUCAUUGAUCUGGACCCGUAUGGCAGCCCUUCGAUGUUUCUGGAUGCUGCGGUUCAGAGCGUGAGUGACGGAGGCCUGCUGUGUGUCACAUGCACCGACAUGGCUGUAAUGGCUGGGAACUCCGGGGAGACCUGCUACAGCAAAUAUGGGGCCAUGUCUAUCAAGGGCAAGUUCUGCCAUGAAAUGGCUCUGCGGAUUAUCCUGCACAGCAUUGAUCUGCGGGCCAACUGCUACCAGCGCUACAUUGUCCCACUCCUGUCGGUCAGUGCGGAUUUCUACAUUCGUGUUUUUGUCCGGGUCUUUACUGGGCAAGCCAAGGUUAAAGCUUCUGCCAGCAAACAGGCCUUUGUUUAUAACUGUGUGGGCUGUGGCUCCUUUCAUUUCCAGAGACUUGGCAAAGUGGCUCACAAUGGAAACAACUUCAACUACAAGGCUGCUUGUGGGCCUCCUGUGGGACCAUCCUGUGAGUAUUGUCAACAGCGCCACCAGCUGGGUGGCCCUCUGUGGGCAGAGCCCCUGCACAAUGCGGAUUUUGUCCAGCGAGUCCUGUCAGCAGUCGGGAGCAACCCGUCACGCUUCCGAACAAGCCAGCGGAUUCAGGGCGUCCUGAGCAUGGUGAUGGAGGAGCUCAGUGAUGUCCCUCUCUACUACACUCUUGACAAUCUCAGCAAAACCGUCCGUUGCAGCAGCCCUUCCCUGCUACAGUUCAGGUCAGCUCUCCUCCAUGCUGGUUACCGGGUGUCGUUGUCCCAUGCCUGCAAAAACGCCAUCAAGACAGAUGCCCCACCAUCUGUGCUUUGGGACAUCAUGCGCUGCUGGGAGAAACUCAAUCCUGUGAAAAGAGAGCGCCUUUCCGAGAGCAGCCCAGCUGCCCACAUCCUCUCUGUAGAACCCAAGCUGCAGGCAUCCUUCACUGUCCGGGCAGAUGCUAAUCCUAGCUCACGAAAGCAAGGCCUCAAACGGUUCCAGCUGAAUCCCGAGCCUUUUUGGGGUCCAAAAGCAAGAGCCAAAGCUGGGGGUGGGAUCUCUUCCUCCUUGCAGGAAAAGAGAAAGCUACACCAGAACAAGAGGAAAGAAUGUGCAGAACAGAGUGACGGGGCCCACCUGAAGAACUUUCCCUGCAAACGGUUCCGGCAAGGCAACUGUUCACUGGGGGACAAGUGCUGCUACUCCCAUGAGACAGAAGGAAAGACAGCAGAAAACAACUCGGCACCAUCUUGAUGAGAAACAGUCUUUGGUAUCUGCUCCCUUUUGUUUUAUAUAUUUGUGCUAAAUGGAGAGCCUUUAUUUUCAAAUGACUGUCCAUUUAUGAUGUGCCUGCCAUUAAACAAUGGUGUUAGCUUUU